AUGGAGCACCGACCCAAUAACAGACCUUGCGUCGGCCCACCUUUGCUCCCGAUUGAGGCGCCAAUCUAUGAAGAUAGGACUGCGGAAGAUGAGCCUGUCGAAAUGAAGACUUGGGAAUGGUAUGAAGAAAAUGAAGAUUGCAGAAUUGGCAGCAUAGUCAGCGAGGUGCUGAUGGAAGAAGGAAGUGAUGCGCCAGAGCAGACAUACUGUUACUGCAUUGCCAAAUCUGGCCUACCGGACUGGAUAUAG